AUGGGUCACAUGUAUGCAAACAAGUUGCAAGAAGGAGAAGAGCUUAUCUUCUGGGAGAGCUGGAAACAAUCUUUGGUGGCUAAUUGGAUUGAUGUGGAAGACCACUUCUUUGAAGCACCAACACUCAAGCUCAUAUCGAUGUUAAGUAGUAAGGCGGAGAUCAACGGCAAGUGUAAUGGUUUCGAUCGUGAAAUAGAUGAACUGAACAAAGUUAUGGAUGUGUACGAGGCCCAGCUGGGGAAAUCCAAGUACCUGACAAGUGACAAGUUCACCGUUGCUGAUGUUCUUCACCUCCCAAACAUGCACACCCUUAUAAGAUUUUCCGUGACUAAAAAGCUCAUAGAUUCGCGUCCUCGUGUCAGUGCUUGGUGUUCUGAGAUUCUUGCUCGCUCUUCAUGGACCAAGGUGCUUCAGAUGCAGCAGCAGAAGAUGAUUGCUCAAACCUAG